CUAAAAGAAGCUCUACUCUAUGAGCAAAAGAUUGAGAAUCGAACGCAACUGGGAAUAAUGCAGCAGCCCGGUGACUUUCAUAAUGGAGCCAGUUUCUGGUCACCACGGAAGAUUCGAGAAACUCGCGAGCUCUAUAAGAAGAAGCAGCGUGAUCAAGAGCGAUUACAACACUAG